CGUUCUCUGACAAAGGCUCAGCGGGUCCGACGCGAGAUGGUCGUCCGAGUGCAUCUGAGAGUCGCCACGUUAGCACUCGUUCUAUUCUUUGAGUUUCUCACGCGGAUUCGGGCCGAGUACAAUAACUUGGCAGAUGUCCCGUGCGGCAGAAGCGAAAGUGGGAUACGAUCGGCGCGAAUUGUCGGAGGUCAAGAGGCCGCACCGCACGAAUUUCCGUGGCUCGUGAGCAUCACAAGGAAGGGCGGACAUUUUUGUGGCGGUGCCAUCCUGAAUGAUAGAUUCGUAUUGACCGCCGCACAUUGUUUAUGCUCCGGCACGAACAAGAUUCCCGUAGGACAACUGAGAGUCACUCUGGGCGAGCACAAUUUAAAGGCCCCAGAAGUGCCAGCAGCAAGACACGAGAGCGUCAUAAACGCAGUGUUGCAUCCCGGUCACAGGUGCGGCAAGUAUGUAGACGAUAUUGCGCUGUUGGAACUAGCCAGACCGAUCACUUGGUCGGAAAGCGUGAAACCCGCGUGUUUACCUGUGGCCACAGGAAAACCAGGUUAUAGUGCCUUCGGCGGUGAGCACGCCAUCGUAGCGGGAUGGGGCUGGCUCGGCGAAGAUAGGUCCAGAUACAAAAGGACGGAUGUGCUGCAGAAAGUGGAGGUCCGCGUAGUGGCAAAUACCGUAUGCAGCGAAUGGUACGCGAGCCAGGGCAAGUCGACCCGCGUAGGUUCGACGCAAAUGUGCGCCGGAUACGAAGAGGGAGGAAGGGAUUCUUGCUGGGUAAGUAAAAAGCGUCCAUUGCGAGCUGCACCUACGGCCGACAGUGGCGGGCCUUUGAUGGUCGGAAGUCGUCCUGGUGGUAGCGCGAUGGUCGUAGGAGUAGUCUCCACAGGCAUAGGUUGUAGUAGACCGCGACUUCCUGGCAUUUACACACGUACUUCGGAUUACAUUUCUUGGAUCACGCGAGAGGUGCAAUCUCGCCGGUGA